AUGAAUGAAACUGCAGAUGAGGCAGCCAAAUCUAGCAGCAGGUAUUCCACGAGGCAGGAAAACUUGUCUGAAUUUCAGACCCUUUACUGCCUAGCUCAGUGCACACAAGACCUUUCAAUCCAACAAUGCUCACUCUGUCUUCAUGAGGCAAUUUCAAUUUUUCCACUUUGCUGUGAUGGAAAGCAAGGAGGAAGAGUUUAUUAUCCCAGUUGUAACAUUAGGUAUGAAUUAUACCCUUUCUACCGCGUCAGUGAUGCACAAAUAGGACUCGUCCCUGAAACAAAAUAUGCACACAAAGAUUCUGAAUAUUCAGAAGAUCCCGGAUAUAUUUCUCACAACUGCUCAAACAACAAAGCUGACGCUACUUUCCAAUCAAACCUAAGAACCCUCCUCUUUGACAUGUCUUCCAACAGCACCUCUCAACAUGGAUUCCAGACGCUAGAGAGAACAGCCUAUGGCCUCUUCAGGUGCCGUGACGACAUUACUCCUGGCCUCUGUGGGCAAUGCAUCCAAAACGCAACGGACAAAAUAGCCUCUCUGUGUGGUUUGGCUUCUACGGAGGCCAUCAUAUGGUACAAUCAUUGCUGGCUUCGCUAUUCCGGCAGAAACUUCUUCUCCAGCGCUGAAACAAGUCCGAGAUUUUGGGAUCUGAAUAUCAGCAACACCAAUCCGAUACAGUCUUCUGUUACUUCUGAAUUAUCUAACAAGUUAGCUGAGGUGGCCACGAAGACUGGGAACAGGGAUAACAAAUACCGAACCGAUUCACUGAGAUUGAAUGAUAAGCAAACAGUGUAUAUUCUUGCUCAAUGCUCAUCGGAUCUAUCAACCAAUAGUUGCAUUGGGUGCCUUAACGAUGUGAUUGGAACGGCCAUUCCAUGGACCAGUUUGGGAAGUGUCGGUGGACGAGUUCUCUAUCCAAGUUGUAUUCUUCGCUUUGAAUUCUUCCAGUUUUACAAUCUCACUCUUACGACUGCAAGAGCUACACCUUCCCCGUCAGAUACUGAACCAGAGAAAGUUCUGAGUUGUUUUGGUGUUAUGGUUCUCGAGAUUAUCAGUGGAAAAAAGAAUACAAGUCCACAUGAACCACAUCGUGUUGCUGAUGGUCUUCUAAAUUUUGUUUGGAGACAUUGGAGGGAUGAAACAGCAUUGAGCAUAUUAGACCCAAAAUUAAAGGAAAAGUAUGGUGAUGUUGAAGUGAUGAGAUGCAUUCAAAUGGGACUAUUAUGUGUUCAAGACAGUCCAGAUGCUAGACCUACAAUGCUGACAAUUGUUUCAUAUCUUAGCAGUCACACAAUUGAGUUGCCAUCUCCAAGAGAACCAACAUUUUUCUUACACCAGAGAAUGGAUCCAAUUGUUACUCAUGAAUCAAGUUCAGGACAAGCUCCCAACAGUUCCACACCAUCCUCUAUCAAUGAAAUAUCUGUAAGUGGAUUUUAUCCUCGAUAA